AUGGAGGCUGCAAGAAAAACCGACUUCAAAUACAAAAUUGGAAAGGUUAAACAAACGCCGUCAGUUCAAAAGGAUCCCAAGACUGGCUUAAGCUUCAUUCAGUUAAAAGCUACGCCGGAUGAAAAAGUAUAUGGAUGUACCAAAUUCAGUGGACAUUAUAAAGAGGAGAAAAAACUGGGCCAAGGUACUUUUGGCGAGGUUUAUAAGGGCACUCAUUUGGAGACGCAAAGGCAGGUUGCCAUGAAGAGAAUCAUCAUCAAUGUGGAAAAGGAUCUCUUUCCAAUCACUGCUCAAAGAGAGAUUACGAUAUUGAGAAGGUUAGACCAUAAAAAUGUGAUCAAACUGAUAGAGGUUGUGUAUGAUUAUUCGCCGUCAGCUGGCGACCAUUCCGAGCAACAGCAACCAUCUACGAAAAGCUCGUUGUCCAAAUCAUUCUACAUGAUAUUGCCUUACAUGGUUUCUGAUCUUUCGGGGAUUCUUCAUAAUCCGAGAAUUAACUUGCAGCUGAGUGACAUCAAGAACAUGAUGCUCCAACUUCUGGAGGGUAUCAAUUAUAUUCACUGUCAAAAGUACAUGCACAGAGACAUAAAAGCCGCUAAUAUCCUUAUAGAUCACAAUGGUGUCUUGAAGCUCGCCGAUUUUGGUCUGGCACGAGUCUACUACGGUGCUCCACCAAACUUACGAUUUCCUGGCGGAGCCGGUUCAGGAGCCAAGUACACGUCUGUGGUUGUUACAAGGUGGUAUCGAGCGCCUGAACUAGUUUUGGGUGAUAAGACAUAUACGACUGCGGUUGACAUAUGGGGAGUAGGAUGUGUUUUUGCGGAGUUCUUCGAGAAGAAACCUAUUUUGCAGGGCUCUUCAGACAUCGAUCAAGGGCACGUCAUUUUCAAACUGCUAGGUACUCCCAGUGAAGCAGAUUGGCCUCUUGCAAGGUAUCUUCCUGGUGCGGAAUUAACCAGGACCAAAUAUCCGGGGAACCUGAAGGAGAGAUUUGGAAGCUUUUUGUCCGAUGCGGGACUAGACUUCUUACGAAAGCUACUUGCACUCGACCCCUACAAGAGGCUGACUGCGAUGUCAGCUGUGCACCACCCUUUCUUCAAGGAAGAUCCUUUACCAUCCGAUAGACUAGCGCUGCCAAAUGAAGAAAGUCAUGAAUCAGACAUCAAGCGAUAUAAGGAAGAGAUGCAGCAAGCGAUGUCGCAAAAGGCGCCAUCGGCCCCCCAAGGACAUGUUAUCGAGACGGGAAACUUUCCAAAGGCUCCUAAACCCCCACUCCCUAAAGCACCUGCAAGAAAUGCGUUUCCCAAAGGUCCUGCCGCCAUGCCAGGUGCGAAGGCUCCCCUGAAAGGUCACAGUAAUUCGCAGCCCCAGAACCGCACGUCUUCCAGAUACGAGAACGGGACAGGUGUUGCCUCCAAUGCCGGCUACCGAGCCGGCCCCACCGGCGGAUAUCGUGAGACCAGCAGGUAUAAUCCCAACGCCGUUCCGAGAAACCCCAACGUGCACCCUCGAGUGCCCCCCAGACCGCAAGGAUCACGGUACGAUGCAAGGCCUGCAGCCACAGCCGGUUUCAAUCAGACUCGCCCCCGCUUGGAGUUUUCUACAGACAGAUCCAAGACCAGCUCACAGGACCCCAUUGACAAGAAGGCUGAAACCAAGAGAUGGGCUGCGCAGCCCAAGGCCGCGCCGCAAGAUCCUUUACAGAUGUACCCAGCACUGCCGCAAGCUCCCGCUAAAAGUAGUUCAAACGCUAAUCAGCACCCUAACCAAGACCAGGCACAGCAGGAUGCCAAUACAGUGCCCUCUGGGUCCCCGGUAGAGCCGCAUCCAGAAAACCAGAGCGGGAGCAAAGGGCCCAGCAACAUAGCUGACUUCUACUAA